GGCCAGUGUGCCGGUGAACACCCCAUCUGCUCAGUGUGCGGGCUGAGCUUCGAUGGAGGACCACAUGACGGGGCACAACAAGGAGAAGCGUUAUGAGUGCGACGUCUGUGGCAAGGCAUGGCAGAGCCCGAGCAUGCUGGAGGCCCACCGGCGGGUACACACAGGAGAACGCCCCUUCAACUGCUCGGAGUGCGGCAAGAACUUCACCCGCUACAGCAGCCUGCUGCGGCACAACCGCGUGCACUCAGGCGAGAGUCCAUACACCUGCAUUGACUGUGGCAAGAGCUUCUCCCAAUCCAGCAUCCUGCUGGCGCACCAGUGCACCCACACCGGCGAGCACCCCUACACCUGCGCCCAGUGCGGCAAGGGUUUCACCAACACCACCAAGCUGCUGAGGCACCAGCACACCCACACCGGCGAGCGCCCCUACACCUGUGUCCAGUGCGGCAAGGGCUUCACCAGAUCUGACAGCCUGCUGGAGCACCAGCGCACGCACACCGGUGAGCGCCCCUACACCUGUGUCCAGUGCGGCAAGGGCUUCACCAGAUCCGACAGCCUGCUGGAGCACCAGCGCACCCACACCGGCGAGCAUCCCUACACCUGCACCCAGUGCGGAAAGGGCUUCACCAACACCACCAAGCUGCUGGAGCACCAGCGCACCCACACCAGCGAGCGCCCCUACACCUGUGCCCAGUGCGGCAAGGGCUUCACCUACUCCCACAACCUGCUGGAGCACCAGCGCACCCACACCGGCGAGCGUCCCUACACCUGCGGCCAGUGUGGCAAGAGCUUCACCCACUCCAGCAGCCUGCUGGUGCAUAAGCGCACCCACACCGGCGAGCGCCCCUAUACCUGCACCCAGUGUGGCAAGAGUUUCACCCACUCUGGCAGCCUGCUGGUGCAUCAAGGUACCCACACUGGCGAGCGCCCAUAUACCUGCGCCCAGUGUGGAAAGGGCUUCACCCUCUCCAGCAGCCUGCUGAAGCACCAGCGCACCCACACAGGCGAGCGCCCCUAUACCUGUGUCCAGUGCGGCAAGGGCUUCACCAGAUCCAGCAGCCUCCUGGAGCACCAGCGCACCCACACCGGCGAGCGCCCCUACACCUGUGUCCUGUGCGGCAGGGGCUUCACCAGAUCCAGUAGCCUCCUGGAGCACCAGCGCACCCACACCGGCGAACGGCCAUACACCUGUGCCCAGUGCGGCAAGGGCUUCACCCGCUCCUCCAAGCUGCUGUCCCACCAGCGGGUGCACGCCGGCGACCAGCUCUAA